AUGGCAGAUAGCAGGUGUGUGUUGGUGGUCCUGUGGACGAGCAUGGAGUGUGUGUGUCUGAGGCAGGGGCCAGGCACCACUGUCCUGCUGCUACACGCCUUGGCCUGGGCAUGGACAGGUCAGUAACAAGACUUGAUCAUGGAAAAUAUACCACCACACAGUAUACUACUCAGUUCUUUUUGAGUUACAGUAUAUUGAUAAAGAAUAUAGAUUCUCAUGAGAAACAGAUGAAAAGUACAUUUAAAUAGACACUGGGUUUCAAGUGCACAUAUUUUUUACAUAUCAACUUCUCUAUACAUCCAGGUGCGAUCGAAUUUGCCCUCAAGAUUGAUGGACGGCAUCGAACUGCACUAACAAUGAAAGAGAAUGUCACCCACAAGUUCAACUGCCAAUCAGAGGGUUGGAAUCCUCAUGCCCCGCCCCUGCUGACGUGGUACCUCAACGGGAAGCGACAGAGACAGCCGACGGACAAACGGAUACCUGGGCGCCUAGUGGUGACAUCACAGGAGGAGUCUGGGCUGCUGAAGCCGGACUCCAAGCACAACAGCACCUUCUCUCUGAGAGCCAGGAAGUGGGAUAGAGAGCUGGUGUGUGCCGCCUCCAGCCCUAACAGUGGAGAGAUCUACAACGCCACCGUCACCCUCAAUGUGCAGUGUGAGUAGGCUUGUUGAAUGAUCUACUGAUGUUUUGUGGUGUGGGAAUGUGUUUAUAUUAUUAUAUGUUGUGGCUGUUAAGGUUUCACUUACUUGUUGAAUUAAGGUCACAUAACCAAAUACAGUAUUAACCCCAGUCCUUCUGCUUACUCCGAUAUUAUCAUUGGCCCCAGUGCUAAUAUCAAUAUCCAAUUUGAUCCCACCACUGUAGGUUAUUUAAACCCAGUAGUACAGUGCAUUCGGAAGGUAUUCAGACCCCUUGACAUUUUCCACAUUUUGUUACUUUACAGCCUUAUUCUAAAAUGGAUUAAAUUGUUUUUUCCCCCUAUCAAUCUACACACAAUACCCUUAAUGACAAAGCAAAAUCAGUUUUAUAGAAUAAACCCCACCCCCUCCCGGAAAUAUGAUAUUUACGUAAGUAUUCAGACCCUUUACUCAGUACUUUGUUGAAGCACCUUUGGUAGCGAUUACAGCCUUGAGUCUUCUUGGGUAUGGCGCUACAAGCUUGGCACACCUGUAUUUGGGGAGUUUCUCCCAUUCUUCUCUGCAGAUCCUCUCAAGCUCAGUCAUUUUGGAUGGGGAGCGUCACUGCACAGCUAUUUUCAGGUCUCUCCAGAGAUGUUCGAUUGGGUUCAAGUCCGGGCUCUGGCUGGGACACUCAAGGGACAUUCAGAGACUUGUCCCGAAGCCACUCCUGCGUUGUCUUGGCUGUGUGCUUAGAGACAUUGUCCUGUUGGAAGGUGAACCUUUGCCCCAGUCUGAGGUCCUGAGCACUCUGGAGCAGGUUUUUAUCAAGGAUCUCUCUGUACUUUGCUCUGUUCAUCUUUCCCUCGAUCCUGACUAGUCUCCCAGUCCCUGCCGCUGAAAAACAUCCCCACAGCAUGAUGCUGCCACCACCAUGCUUCAUCGUAGGGAUGGUGCCAGGUUUCCUCCAGACGUGACACUUGGCAUUCAGGCCAAAGAGUUCAAUCUUGGUUUCAUCAGACCAGAUAAUCUUGUUUCUCAUGAUCUGAGAGUCUUUAGGUGCCUUUUGGCAAACUCCAAGCGGGCUGUCAUGUGCCUUCUACUGAGGAGUGGCUUCCGUCUGGCCACUCUACCAUAAAGGCCUGAUUGGUGGAAUGCUGCAGAGAUGGUUGUCCUUCUGGAAGUUUUCCCCCAUCUCCACAGAUGAACUCUGGAGCUCUGUCAGAGUGACCAUCAGGUUCUUGGUCACCUUCCUGACCAAGGCCCUUCUUCCCCGAUUACUCAGUUUGGCCGGGCAGCCAGCUCUAGGAAGAGUCUUGGUGGUUCCAAACUUCUUCCAUUUAAGAAUGAUGGAGGCCACUGUGUUCUUCAGGACAUUCAAUGCUGCAGAAAUGUUUUGGAACCCUUCUCCAGAUCUGUGCCUCGACACAAUCCUGUCUCGGAGCUCUACGGACAAUUCCUUUGACCUCAUGGCUUUGGUAUUUGCUCUGACAUGCACUGUCAACUGUGGGAACUAAUAUAGACAGGUGUGUGCCUUUCCAAAUCAUGUCCAGUGAAUUGAAUUUACCACAGGUGGACUCCAGUCGAGUUGUAGAAACAUCUCAAGGAUGAUCAAUGGAAACAGGAUGCACCUGAGCUCAAUUACAAGGCUCAUAGCAAUACUUAUGUAAAUAAGGUAUUUCUGUUUUUUAUCAUUAAUAAAUUUGCUAAAAUUUCUAAAAACCUGUUUUCACUUAAGUCAUUAUGGGCUAUUGUGUGUAGAUUGAUGAGGAAAACAUUUAAUUUUAACCAUUUUAUAAUAAGGCUGUAACGGAACAAAAUGUGGAAAAAGUCAAGAGGUCUGAAUACUUUCCGAAUGCACUGAUGUGAACUGAUGUGAUGCUCAGUUUCCCUCUAUUUCUUCUGUUCCCCUACCUUUUCUAUCCCAGUCCUGCCAGAGAUUCUGCGUGUGAACGCUCACUACACUGAAACCUCAGACCCUGGCCUCUCCCUGGUCCUCUUUGCCUUGGUACAGUCCAACCCCCCUGCCCACAUCACCUGGGUAGACCAGUCUGACCAGCUGGUGGCCAGCACCUCGGACUUCCUCAUCCUGGACUCGUGGAGCUACCCCUGGCUGACCAAUCACACGCUGCGGGUCACCCUGAGCAGCCUAUCAGGGAAUGUCUCCGUGAACGCCAGCAACAGUGUCGGUGCAGCUCAGAGCAACCUAGCUCUGGCAGGUCAAUAUCACUUUUACCCUUUUCUCACUAUCGUGCCGAACCGAACCAAACAGUCUUGCAUAUUUUCUUUUCAGCGAAAGGUGGAUGCGUAACCAGGCCAGCUGAGCAUAGCUUGUUUUGGCCCAGCUUGGUUCGGCUCAGUAGUGUGAAAAGCCCCUUUUUCUACUACAGUCCUGUAUCUGUAUUCUCCAGAGUUCCUCCAGUCCAGGGUGGAUGUGCCGGUGCUGGGCAUCCUGACAGGGGGCGCUGUGGGCUUCAUUACCCUCCUCUUCCUCAGCCUUCUGGUGCUCUGCCUUCUUCACAAGAACAAGGGCAAGGCCAUCAUCGGUGAGACAGGGGAACAAGGAGGGUGGGAGGAACUGUUUUAUUUUGAUGAUACAAUGAAUGAGGUGCUUUAAGUCUCUGAAGAAUGUCUGUGCCUGUUCUUUUUCAGAUGAGCCAGUCGAGAUUAUAAUGGCGAAAAAAUGGUAAUGUACAUUAUUUGGCCAGUCUAUCUGUUGUUUGUGUCUGUGGUCAGCAUAGGUGUGGGUCUAAAAUGUGUCUUUCUUUGAAUAAAUUAAAAAGGGUGAGGGAGUACUGGAUAAGAGCAUCUGCUAAAAUGACAAAAAUGUAAUACCUACGUAUUGUAUUCAAUGGUAUAUAUUUAUGCAUGAGCAUGCUCCUCUUUAUGUAUGUACAGUACAGUAUAUAAGGCAAGUGUCUGUAUAAUAAUAUACUUUACAAGGGUAUAUUCACUAGGAAACAAACGGAAGCAAACAGGCCGAAACGGGGAGGGGCAUACCAGAACUUAUCCAAUAAGAGACUGUAAUUUCCAUUGUUAUGGUUUCCUACGUUGUGCACUAAUGAAUACAUGCCAUGAUUCUUGUUUCAGUAUCGAAUCACCUACUAUGAAGGUAGACAAGAUAUACCUACCCAGAGAGAACAUGUCUCUACCUUCCAACAUGCAACUCAACGACCUCAGCACCCUGCGUAAAGGUAAGACACUACUGUUGAGAGACAGAUACCUCAUUAGAAUCUCAUGAAUGGUGCAAAGCAAUUACAGAACAGGAGCAGGAAACAGAGUGGUCAUUUUGGUGCCCUGGGCACUGGCAUCUGUCCCUGCGGUCUUCUCCAUGACUCCGUCCCAUCUGUUAAUCUACUUCCUCAUCCCCGUGAUGUCUCUCUGUAGCACGAGAGGCCGCCAAACACCACCUUGGGGAGAAGAUGAGCGAGGAAGAAGUAGAGGAGGAUCUGUCUGCUGCCUACGCUGCUAGGGGUAAGACAGGGUUCAGAGGUUUAGGGUUAGCUUGCCUGUUGAAUGGAAAUUUGUUGGCCCACUCCACACUAAUGUAAUGUGUUAACUUUUUUCAGGCUGUUAUGAUGGGUGUGCAUUUGUUAAUAUAUUAUUGGAUGUGUAUGUGUGUGUAUAAUUCUUGUUUGUGUGCAUAUACCGUGCACCACAUAUGUCCGUACAUUGUUAUAAAGUUUGUUGUUGACACCCCCUCCAGGCUUUGCCCGGUACCCCAUGGUGGGCUACAUCUAUAAGGUGAACAGCAAGAGCAGUGAUGAGAUCUGGCUCUGACUACUACGCCCCAGUCCAACCGGCCAAUAGGAACCUGUGAACGACUGCCAGUCAGCCAAUCAGCCAAUCCCAUCUUCAAAAAGGACCAAUAGAGAUGCUGAGAUGAUUACAGGCGCAGACCAGCAAGAGGAGAGAUGCUGAGAUGAUUACAGGCGCAGACCAGCAAGAGGAACCUAUCAGGAAGAUACUGUAGGUAGCUAUCUCACUCUGAGGUUGUCCAGAUGAACAUAUUACAGCGGGUAAUCACAUUCCAACUUGAUUCAGUGAAAAUCAGAAGCUCAGAAUAUCAGGUCCUAUGUUAAUUGGUUAGUGUAUUUCAAGCUGACAGGUAUAAAUCUGUAGCGUGGUCAGUUUGUGCUGUCUGUCUGUUUGGUGUGACAAUAUGU